GUGACUAGUGUCGGCGCCGGUUGAUCAGUGUUAAGUUCGCCCACCCAAACUCAUUAUUAGGGUGUUUUUCCUCCGAGUAGCUCCGUGUCCCGUCACUAAAACCCUACUCGGUGUCACAGAUGGCUCUCACAGUCGUGGUGGUUGUGCUGUUUUCGGCCGUGCUAUCCGAGGUAUCGGCCGGAGUGUUUUUUAAGCAGAAGGAGCCAUGCUAUGUCCCCUCACCACGGAGGAAAGACGGCUUUGGACUGCGGACCGUACCUCGUCCCCACGAGUAUUUAAACAUUUCUGAUCUGCCCAAGUCGUGGGACUGGAGGAACAUCAAUGGCACCAACUACGUCAGCACUACUCGCAACCAGCACAUACCCCAGUACUGUGGCUCCUGCUGGGCACAUGGCAGCACCAGUGCCAUGGCAGAUCGCAUCAACAUUAAGCGGAAAGCAGUGUGGCCGUCUGCCUAUCUGUCUGUGCAGAAUGUGAUCGACUGCGGUGACGCCGGAUCGUGCCAUGGAGGAGAUCACAGUGGAGUUUGGGAGUAUGCUAACACACACGGGAUCCCAGAUGAGACCUGCAACAACUACCAGGCUAUAGAUCAGGAUUGUGAUCCAUUCAACCAAUGUGGCACCUGCACCACUUUUGGAGUGUGCAAUAUUGUGAAGAACUACACUCUGUGGAAGGUGGGAGACUACGGCUCAGUCAGCGGGAGAGAGAAGAUGAUGGCAGAGAUUUACGCUAAUGGACCGAUCAGCUGCGGGAUUAUGGCCACAGAUAAGUUGGAUGCAUACACUGGAGGUCUCUACUCUGAAUACCAGGAGUACCCUUCCAUCAACCACAUUCUGUCAGUGGUAGGAUGGGGAGUGGAAGACGAUGUGGAAUAUUGGGUCGUCCGCAACUCCUGGGGAGAGCCGUGGGGUGAAAAGGGCUGGCUCAGGAUUGUGACCAGUGCCUAUAAGGGAGGAAGUGGCAGUACAUACAACCUGGCCAUAGAGGAGGACUGCAUGUACGGAGACCCAAUUGUGCCUAAAAACUACCUCUAGACGAGCCCAGGGUCAGAUUGUCAGUAGACGCUCUGAUGUCGUCCUGUGUGUAGCAAAUGAAAGCUUUUUAUGUUUUAAUGUUGAAAAGGGAAAAAGUUCAGGUUCUUUUUUGUUUUUAGAGUACAAUUUUUUUUUUUUUAACUAGUAAUCUUUGCCAGGGUCUUCCAGCUGAAUAUCGAACUUGCUUACACUGAUGCAAACUGAUUAUCACAGAGAGUUCUGCAGGCUGUUUAAGAGAUGUAAACUUUUAAAAGAUUUUAACAGAAAGAGAGGAGUGAUGUAUAUCAGUCUGACACAAACUUUUGUGCUAUAGAAAAAUCCAAGCCAUGCAAUAGUCAUCAGAGUAAACUAAGAGUUUUGAUUUUUAAGUUGUAAAUUCAGUGAUUCAACCAAAGAAAGCAGUUUACUGACAAUGUUGCACUACACAAUGAUGGAUGCAAGAAUUGAAAUGAACUUUGUGUGCCUUUGUGUACAGUUUAAGUCGAAUAUGGAAUUGUGUAAUUUGGUGUUUGUUUUCACACUGAACAAUCUGUACCAGAAAUAUUUCAAUGUAAGGAUUUUUUUUUUUUGUUUGUUUUUAAAUACAAACUGCCAAUAAACACUUCAGCUGUCUU